AUGUCAAAUCACUCAUCCUCUACCCCUGGUGGCGAUCCUUACCACAGCACUUACGAGGUCAACGUCCCAGUCCGCAACGGACGAACCUCAUCACCAAAAGUUGAGAACCCAGAGAUCCGCAUCCCCAGGAUAAAGCCAGUCUCGGAUACCAGCAGUGGUGCCAGCACAGACCAGCAGAAGCAGCAGCAGCAAGAAGGAGGGGACUCUUCAGCUCACUCAACAAUGCCUCAGCCACAAAACCAGGAACUCCAGAAACUAGCUGCUGGUCUUGAAGGCAAAUACGUCGACGAGUUCGGCAACAUCCUCGACUGGGAUGGCACCGUCCUCGGUCGAGUACAGGGCGACCUACCUUCCAUGGUAGGGCGACCAGUCACGGCAGACGGUCAAGUUCUCGACGAGGACGGUGAAGUGGCUGGUCAAGUAUGCGACAACUACAUUGAACCUGAGCCUCCAAAACUCAAGCCCCUGGCAGCAGGAGGACUCAAAGUCGAUGAUGAAGGCAACAUCUAUGAUGACCAAGGAAACAAGAUUGGCAAGCUCGACCAGCCGAUAAAAGACGGAGCCGACAAAGUUUCCGAGAACAACAGCAGCAUCAGCCCGAGACCUAGCGAUCAAAAGCAGGGACAAGGUCAAGGUCAAAGUCAACAGGGCCAGGGUGGUGGAAAUGCCGGCACCGCCAACGAUGGCGCUCCUAAGCCGCCGAGGCCUGACGAGUUGUUCCUGGAUGUCAAGUCGACGUACGAUGGAAUUCAGCUCACUAUCAAGAUUCCUACCGUAUUCAACAGCACCAUGAUGCGAGAGACCAAGAGCAGCGGCAGCCAGACGACAGAGACAGCAGCUGGAUCAAGUAGUGAUAAUCGAUAA